GCCGCCAUGUUGGGGCGCGAGCGGCGGCGCGGUCGCGGGAGGUGGCCGGGGUUUACGGAGCAUGCACGGCGCGAAGCAGGGUACCGCUGGCGCGCACCCUGGCCAGUGGGUGCUCAUUGCACCAGAGGCUGCUACUGACUUUCCUGAGACACCUGAUAGCGAAUCUUUGUUUACAAAGCUGCGCAAUCCAAGCACAGGGGAAGCAACCCUUUACUUAUUCAAUACUGGUGCACAGCAGCUGUUUGAAGUAAAAGCUUUUCAUGAGGAAAAUCGUUCCUGGUUUAUAGGUCAGACUGUUCAACAAGAUGGGCGCCUGCUGUUUGUUACACCGAUGGACCCCUUAUUUCUGAUACUUUACUACCUCAUAAAGGCAGACAAGGAGCAACAAGGAAAGUUUCAGCCACUCGAUCAAGUUGUGCUAGAUGCAGACUAUCCUAACUGCCCAUUGCUGCUGAAGUGUGCAGAUGCUAAACAGUACAUACAUCAUAUAACAGAAGUAAAAGAGAUUGGCAGCCAGAAAUUCUACAAAUACAGCCAAGAGAAGACACUGAAGUGGCUAAAGAAAAAGGUCAAUCAAACAGUGAAAGCACUUAAAAGCAACAAUAUAACCGUAGGUGAAAGGGUAUUUGCAGCUACAUUUAUCAGCAGUAAACAGAUCACAGAUACUGAAGAAGACUAUGUACGCUAUGCCCAUGGGUUAAUAUCAGAAUAUAUUCCUGAAGAUCUGAGUAAAGAGUUGUUAAAAUACUUAGGGCUCCCAGAACUUAAAAGCCCAGCAGUGGAGCCACCAUUGAAGAUGCCUGGGCGAAGACAUGCAAAGAAGAAAUGAAAGGAGCAUAAGGAGACUCGCUAAUAUUAUUUUAACUUGCCAUAAUCUCAAAGCAGCUUUUAAAGGCAUUUUUUACACACUUUCUGAAAAUAAAUGCUUGAAGUUAGACAAGCCCUGUUCCAAGAAAAAGCAAAUCUCAGCAGAUUAACAUUGUUAAAUAUGUGGUGUGUUAAACAUACACUGCUUCAAAUUUUAUAGCUUAUACACUAUUGGUCUAUUGGGCCCUUCCAGGAAAGCACUUACGAGCAUGCCUGAUGUUAAGCACAUGAGCAGUGAUGUUAAAGUCCACAGUGUUGUUCGUGUGGAUAAGUGCUUUGCUGGAUCAGCGCCUAAAGUCCUGUUAGGUGCUGAGCAUCCUGAUCCAUAUCCAGCAAAGCACUUACGUCCAUGCUUAUCUUGAAGUGGAAGAGCCAGUCUAAUAUUUAUGCAUUAGUGUUCACCAUAAAACUUCUCUUGGCACAAUGACUCACAUGCUUAAAAUUAAGCACCUGCCUAAGUAUUUUGCAAGGUCAGACAACAGGAUCCUUGAGCAAGUCUUAAAUAUUUACUUGAUUUUGUAUGAAUUUUCUUUUUUUUUUGUACUCUUUUUUUAUCAGAGCAUAUGAUUUUAGUGACCAUAAGUUUUAGAAGCUGCAUAGCAAAAUAUGCAAUUGUAUGAAAUUUUCUCUUUUCUUUCCCAAAAUCUAAUAAAUUCAGAAGUCCAAUGUUCAGACAUAGAAUCAUCCAAAAUUAAAAAAGUUAACUCUAAUUUUUAGGACAAUUACAUUUUUUGAAAUAAUUUCAUUGAGCUUGAUUUACGUGGUUUUGUCCAAGCAGUAGGUCAAGUCUGACUUACUGUACAAAAGAUGCUACCUAGCUCUGGUUGAGUGGACAGUCUGACUCUUAUAAAACUUGAGGCAGCAUGUGGGUUCAGAAGUACAGAUGGAGAAGUUGCAUUCUUAUUUUACUUUUGUUCUAAGAUAUUGAAACCUUAAAACCAUGCAUAAAAUAACAUUUACGUCUUGUUUUAAGAACUAAACAAAAACCUGCGUAAUCCUCCACGUAAAAAAAACAAAAAUAAUAAUUAUAAUAUAAUUAAUAAUUAUUAUAAUUAUUACUUUCUCUACUCAUGUAAGAGACACUUCCUGUGGAACGAUUUCAACCAAAUUGUCAGCCUGAGCUGACGUACAGAAAAUGAUGCUAAUGAGCCCUCAUGUGAUCUGUAUCAUGCAGUCUGAUGUUAAGUUAGAUACCCGUUUAUCAAAUUAUCAUUAAUAUUACCUCUUUGCUGCAACACUUUUAAAAAGUAAUAAUUGGCAGGAUUUUUAAAGUAAUGAAUGUUUACUUCUGUAAGUUUUAAUUAUGACCCCACUUUGCCGAGACCUACAGCAAAUGGCCAGAAUGUUCUGUAAAGCUUGAAUAUAUUUGAAGCAUUCUAGGUAAGAAGGAAAAAAAAAACCAAACAAAAAAAAAAA